AUUUUUUCAUCAAGCAUCUUUGUUCUUCAUCCAAAAGUCAAUUCCAGAAGUCUGGUACUGAGACUGCUACUCCAGCUUCCUUGUUGCUGCUGAUGCCUGGGCCUUAUCCCAGCGCUACUUGAUUGGAGAGUAUCAUUCUCAGGACAACUGUCUGCUUUGUGUUUGAGUACCUCCCACUAUAUAAAUACACUUUGAUUGGAAUUUACUAUUUGCCAUUAUGUAUCAUUCUGUGUCUGAAACCAGUCACCCUUUGCAAGCCGAGGAACAAGAAAUAGGCAUUGAUCCCUUGCAGAGUUAUUUGAACAAGCCAGAGGAAGGAGGAUCAAAUGAAAACGGAAGCACACACCACACUUCAGAUUCUGAUGGAACAUUUAUUUCUUACAGCAAAGAAUGGGAAGAACUAUUUGUAAACAACAAUUACUUGGCAACUAUACGGCUGAAGGGGAUUAAUGGGCAGCUGAGAAGCAGCAGGUUCCGUAGUGUUUGCUGGAAGUUAUUUCUGGAGGUUCUACCCCAAGACAGAAGUCAAUGGAUUAAAACCACUUCAGACCUAAGAACUUCUUACAAUAAGAUCAAAGAAAUUCACAUCACAAACCCUCGGAAAGCGGGACAGCAAGAUCUGAUAAUCAACAAUCCACUGUCUCAGGAUGAGGGGAGUCUUUGGAAUAAAUUUUUCCAGGAUAAAGAGCUUCGAGCAAUGAUUGAACAAGAUGUGACAAGAACCUUUCCUGAAAUGCAGUAUUUCCAGCAAGAGAAUGUGAGAAAAAUUCUUACAGAUGUUCUGUUCUGCUACGCCAGAGAAAAUGAACAGUUGCUUUAUAAGCAGGGUAUGCACGAACUUUUAGCUCCCAUUGUCUUUAUCCUGCAUUGUGACCAUCAAGCUUUUUCACAUGCCAGUGAAGCUGCACAACCAAGCGAGGAAAUGAAAGUUCUUUUGAAUCCUGAAUAUCUGGAACAUGAUGCCUAUGCAAUGUUCACACGUCUUAUGAAAACUGCAGAACAUUGGUUUUCAACUUUUGAACAUGACAGUCAGAAGGAAAAAGAUGUGAUGAUUACACCUGCGCCAUUUGCAAGGCCACAGGACUUAGGCCCAUCUAUUGCUAUUGUAGCAAAAGUAAACCAAAUUCAGGAUCAUCUGCUGAAGAAACAUGAUAUUGAGCUGUACAUGCAUCUGAACCGACUGGAAAUUGCUCCUCAGAUUUAUGGGCUGCGUUGGGUAAGGCUCCUGUUCGGACGUGAAUUCCCACUUCAGGACCUUCUGGUUGUCUGGGACGCUCUAUUUGCUGACAGUAUCACCCUGAAUUUAGUUGACUAUAUUUUUGUAGCCAUGUUGUUAUAUAUUAGAGAUGCCUUGAUUUCAAGUAAUUAUCAGACCUGUUUGGGACUUCUGAUGCAUUAUCCACCUAUUGGAGAUGUUCACUCCCUUAUCCUAAGAGCACUUUUUCUCCGAGAUCCAAAGAGAAAUCCAAGACCAGUGACUCAUCAAUUCCAACAAAAUUUAGAUUAUUACAAAGCACGUGGAGCAGACUUGAUGAACAAAACCCGCGCCAGUGCUAAGGCUGCCCCACUGAACAUUAACAAAGUCUCCAACAGUCUACUGAAUUUUGGCCGAAAGCUCAUUGCUCCAGCUAUGGCUUCAGGAGGGGCUGUGGGUGCUCCUGCUGGCGGGAGCAGCUUCCCCCCCUCUGCAAUGCCUAUCAGAAGCGCAGUGGAAGCUCCUCAGCACCAGCACCACCACCACCACCACCACCACCAGGCACAGCAGCAGAGGAUGAUGAAGUCCGAAAGCAUGCCAGUUCAGCUGGGCAAAGCAGGCGAGGCAGAGGCAGAUGCUGGGCUGCCGGGCCCUGCGCAGCAUCCCCCUGCCCUCCCAGGCCAAAGUUCAAAAAACAUCAGUUCAUCUCCAAGCAUAGAGAGCUUGUCUGGAGGACGUGAAUUUACAGGAUCUCCACCUUUGUCUGCAUCAAAAAAGGAUUCCUUUUUCAAUACAAUCUCCCGCUCCCGUUCCCAAAGCAAAACUAUGAGCAGAAAAGAAUCGAGGACAUGCUCCACGAUUUUUCCAAGGACUAAGGAGGAGGAAUUGGAGGCCCAGAUUUCAUUCCUACAAGGACAACUAAACGACUUGGAAGCCAUGUGCAAAUACUGUGCAAAGAUGAUGAACACACAUCUUGGAAAUAUUCAGGAAGUCAUACUACAAGAACGCUUGGAAAAAGAAGAUGAAAUUCUGGUUUCCUUGGCUGGUUUGAAGCAGAUCAAGGAUAUCCUGAAAGGUUCAUUGCGUUUCAACCAGAGUCAGUUGGAAGCUGAAGAAAAUGAGCAAAUCACCAUAGCAGAUGAUCACUACUGUUCCAACAGUCAGAACAAGGGGACGAAUGAUGCCCUAAAGGGACCUGUUAUGACAAAGCAACAGUUCAUCUCAGAGCAGCAGACUACGAGUGAUUCAAGCACUAGUGAAAGCAAGACUGCUGAUGACUAUAUUAUGGUUUCCAAAGAAGAGGAAGGAAGUAGAAGUACUGUCCCAGAGCCAGCGCAAUCCCUUCAGGCACACAAGGAGGCAGUGGUGAAGCCAGAAGCUCCUUCUCGUUCUUUGAUAUUCUCUGAUCCACUGAUGGGAUCCAUUUCAGCCUCCUCCAGCAACCUGAGCUCCAGCCCUGAUGACAACAGUAGUAAUAACAGCAAAGAUUCUGAUUUCGCUAUUGUCAGCCCACUGGACAUCUAAAGAAAUGGGUUGGAAGAGUUUGCAAGAUUAAUUGUUACAAGUAAACCCAAAUUCCUGUGAUUGCAUGGGCUGGAUAAUUCUUUGGAUUAGAAGGACAGAAAAUAGAUAAAGGGAACACAUUUCAGCUGCCAAAAGCCUAAAUUUAAAAAAAAAAAAAAAUGAAUUUGCAACUUUUCAAAAAGAAUAGACACCUUUUAAUAACUGCCUUAAAUAAAGACCCUGUAAAUCCCUGUUCUAAUAUACAGUUAUUCUUAGUUAUAUGUUUAUCUUACUUAGAAGCUUUGUUACUAUAGAACUGUUGCUUUCCCAAAACAUAGAAUAGUAUGUGCUAGGUACCAUAAUGGAUUAGAAAACGUGUAGAGACUUGGCAUCAGACCUGAAGCAGCAAAGACAAGAUGAAUUUAAUAUCAUCCUUUUACAAAAUAUGCUUGACUGGAUUUUCUGAGGAGGAAAAGGUACUGUUUCUUUAGAGACUGCUUAGAGAAGUGGGGAAAGUAUAUGAGAAAGAUUAAAAGUAUCGCCCUUGCAGUAAGCUUGUUCUCAGUUGAGGAAUCCUAGUUUCUUCAUUUUCAUCUGGCAGUAGCCUGAGGUGUGUUCGAAGCAGAGGUUUGUGUAGUUGUUCCUCAGCGCUGUCUUACAGGAGAGAGAAUGUGUGACAAAUUCCCUGAGAACAGGGACCUAUACAACAUAUUAUUUCCAUUUGCCUACUUUUUUUCCCCUUGUGAGGUCACAGUUCACCUCGUUCCUUCUUUGUAUCUGUCUCCUUUUACUCCCCCUGGCAUGAAUUAUUUUUUAUUUUACUGAGACUACCAUGGUUAAAACAGUAGGUGCAAGGGAAAUUACAAUACCAUGGAGUGUAGACCUCAGGCAGCUGAGCUACAAUAGCUUGAGUAUGGUAACUUACCAGGGAAGGGUGCAAAGUGAAAUGAAAUGUUCACAGUUAAAAGCACUUUAUAUCUCAUUGCUAGUAUCUUCUGUAGACUCUGUUUACAUAUAUUCCUAUACGAUUCCCGUAUUUCAAGAAAAGCAUAAUGGUGCAGCAGUGUUAACCAACAGAAAGUUUCUAAAUAACCCUAGAACUUGUUCUUCUACAAAAAAGCGUAUUUCUUUCCCAUCAAGUACAUGGUACAUCUAAUAACAGUUUUUUUCAAGCUGAUGGGAGGGUUGCCUUUAAACUCUGUUGGAAUUCAUAAAAAGAAAGCAUGGUAAGCAGACACCUCCUCUUGUAAGACCUAGACAGAGCUAGCUUGACAAAGGAAUGCUAGAGUCAUUCGAUAACAGCAUCAAAAGAAGUUGUGUUAUUUACUUUUCAGAUACAUUAUACCAUGCAACAACUUCAUAAUUGCAUGGUAAAGCUUGUGUUUGUAUGGAGUUAAGAAAUGGUAGUUAUUUGCUGCUUAGUCUGUAAUUGUAAACCAAGUUAAGUACUGUAUCCCAAAGAUGAGGUGACAUGUAGUUUGCUGGUCUUAGAUUUCACAAGGUUUGUGUCAGUGGCUGAAUUGAAGAGAUAAUUGUAAUGUAAGUACAUGGUAGCUGCCAUAUUCUUACACCUUCAAAAAAUGCUGUGUGGUCCUUCUGAGAUUAUUUGUGCCUUGUUAUAUGACAAACUACUAGAAUGUUAUGAGCAGGCAUAGCAUGAUACCUCUCUGCAACAGUGAUGCGAACAGUCAGAUGACUGUUUAGAUGAAAGAUCUUAAAUGCUAACAUUUCAGAGAGGAGUUUAUUUUGGUUUAAUUUUAAGCUUCAUUGAAAGUCACUUUGGAAUUCGGCAUGCAUGCCUGUCUUCAGGUUUAUUUUAUUUCCCUGAGUUUGCAUGAAUGCCAGGGGAUUAGGUGGGCUGUUGAUUUAUUUAGGUCUUCCAAGAUUUUCUAGCCUUAACCCAUUCAGCAAGGCUUGUGCCACACCACCGACAAAGGGGAAUCUGUUCAAGAAGUACCUCUGGAAAGAGGAAGAAUUUUCUGGGGACAGAAAGAAAAGUUUUAUAUUCUGUGACACAUAAACAUUCAAGGGUUCCAAUACUUUGGCAGGGGAAAUAUUUUUACUUCUUUUUUUAUUUUUUUAAGCAUCAAUCUUUUGAUUUCUGUUCUGGUUGUUUGUUUCAGGGAUCACAUUGCUAUUUUCUUGAACAGUCUCAUUGCCAAUGGAAGAGUAUGAUUUGUACAGUUCUUUUAUUUUUAUAAGUUAGUUGUAUCUUUAAUAUUGCAUAUUUUAAAGCAGUCCUAAAAGUUUGUAAAGAUUUUGUGAGUUUCUGAGAAGUUUUCACUAAUCAGUGAAUACCGAUGAGCUGAAUGCCUGUCAUGCCAUGGGAUAUGAUAAAAAUCUUUAUAAGCAGAGACAUAAUUAUACAAACAAGAUGAGAGCAAUUUCCAGUAAAUCAAGUUAUCUGCUUUGGUUAUACCAUGUCAUUCCACAUCUCAAAUAUAUCUGAUACUUGAUCACAGUGCAGGGGUACUUAGAAUUUUGUACAUUCAUUGAGUUUGAAACUUCUCAGUUAGACAAAAUGUCAAGUCAUAACCCUGUCUUGUGUUAUGUUAAAAAUUCCAAGAAAGAAAUUGUCAUCUAAAAUACAAGAUCAGUCUUUUUCUCUGAAGACGACCUACUCAUAACAUUAAUGGAUAACAAUAAGCAGAUAGAAAAAUUAUAUUCAUUGCAAUUUACUGAUGAAAACUAAUAUGGGAUUAAGAUAUGUAUCUGAGAUUGUUGUAAUGUAUCUUGCAUCUGUAAUAUAUGACUGUUUAAAGUCUCUUGCAUGUCAUGUCAUUUGUAUGUACUGCGGAAAGGCAGUAUCAUCUUUUCACUGGGUAUUCAUUUAGUCGUGGAACUUUGUAUCUUUAGUCUGGAAGAACAUCUAGUCUGCUUUAUUAAAGAAAGAAUUAACAAA